UUCUUCACCCUUUGCAAUGUGAUGGCACAUCCUGUGGUGUCUUUGUAUGCAAGUGGGCAGGAACAAAAAAGGUAUAAAAAGGUGCUGCAGCAUUUAAUCCUGUCAGAUGAGAGCAAAUACCUGCACACGCAAACAUCACCAGACCAAAGAAGCAGCAAGAUGGCCUUCAAAGUUGCAGCUCUUCUGUCUAUUUUCAUGCUCACUUACAUUUUGGCUCCCCUGGUUAUAACUUCAGAGUCAUCGUAUCCUAUUUCACUACUUGUAUACAACUCGCUCACUAAUGAGAACAAUUUGACUUUCACCACUAACAUUGCAUACAGAGGAAUCUUACUUGGUGCUAUGAGGAAGAUUCAAAAAGCCAAUAACAAUUUCAGAUUCACCACUAAAGAGGAUCCAAACUAUGGCCCAUUCCUUGUAAGUGUAAACAGAUUGGCAGGGGACAAUGAAAAACAUACGUACUGGCAGCUGCUUAUCCAACCUCAGAAUGGCACCAUAAUCAUUGCUGAUGUGGGUGUCGGCUGUUACAUACCAAACCCGAAUGAUACAGUUAUCCUCAAAUUCACUAAAUGGUAAUCCAAAGUAGUGAUGCUGUAAUCAGCCUGGGACUUUUGUACUCACUAGAAAAAGCAUGAUACAUUGUGGUAAAUUCACAUAAAUGAAAAAAAAGAUCUGUGUGAUUCCUCUUUAAAAAAACAGGAUCCUGUUAAAAUUGUGCCAUGAAACUGUUAAUCUUGCUGUAUGUAAUCUUCAAAAUUAAUCUUCAUGUUUGAUCCUGUUUUUGGGAAAUGCUUUAUCUAACCUUAUAUGCAAACCCUAUUAUGAGCUACUUUGGUGUAUUUUCAACAUUUUCAACAUUUACUCUUAACGUGUUGGUGGAAAAAUAAUAAAAUCUUAAACGUCAA